AUGGCGUCGCUCGCUCGCAAGCUCGCCGUCCUCCCCGCAGCUCGCCUCGCCGCCCGUCCCCGCUGCUCCUCUUCGCACCUCCCCGUGCCGCGCUCCCUCCAUCCCCUUGCGCCCUUCGUUCCGCUCUCCGCUUCCCCGCGUGGCCCCGCGGCCACGCCGCGCAUUGCGUCCCGGCCGUCCGUCGCAGCUCCCUCCGCCGUCCCUCGGUUCUCCGCCGCGGCGGGGCGGCGGAGCGUGGCGUCGAGCGCGUCGGGGGGCGGCGGGGGGCGGGGCGCGCGCGAGGCGGAGGAGGAGUGGGAUCGCGAGGUGCUGGUGCAGCACCUGGUGGUGGGCGCGGACCAGCUGCCGCUGCUGCUGGAGCUGCAACGCCGCAUCAUGGCGGAUGACGAGGAUCUGAGCGACCUGGCGGCGGAGCACUCGCUGUGCGCGUCGAGGGAGAAGGGCGGCAUGGUGGGGUGGAUCUCCAAAGGCUCCACUGAGCCGGAGUUUGAGGAGGCGGCAUUCAAGGCGCGGCCGGGCGACGUGGUGCGGUGCAAGACUAAGCACGGAUGGCACUUGCUGCAGGUGCUGGGGGAUAGGCACGCGGCGGUGUUGGACCAGGUGACGGUGGAGGAGUUUGCACGCCGCCUCGCCCACGACUACGUGCUGCUGCCGCCACAGGGGGGGCCGACAGGCAGUGGGGGUGGUGAUGGUGGGGAGGGGCGGUCGCUGGAGGCGGAGCUGGUGGAGGCGCAGGCGGAGAGUGAGGGGAGGCGGGCAGUGCAGCUGGUGGACGUGCGCGAGGCAAGGGAAGUGGAGAUGGCAGCCAUCCCCGGGUUCACAGUGCUGCCGCUGAGCCAGUUCGGCCAGUGGGGUCCGUCCAUCGCUGACACACUGGACCCUCACACUGACACCUACCUCCUGUGCCAUCACGGCAUUCGCUCGCAGCAGAUGGCCCACUGGCUCCAAUCCCAGGGCUUCACGCGUCUGUUCAACAUUGCCGGGGGCAUCGAUGCAUACUCGCUCAGGGUCGACCCCUCCAUCCCCCGUUACUAG